GCAGAAACAGAUAUAAAUGCAAGACGUUUGCUGCAUGGCGGAUGUAUCGCUACUCUCCCAUCAAGGAAUUCAUUAUUUAUAAAGGUUAAAGGAUUUAAAAGAAAUAGAGGAUUACAUUUACAAGGAAUCAGAAAAGAUGAGUAGCUCUGAGGAAGUAUCAUGGAUUUCAUGGUUCUGUGGACUUAGGGGCAAUGAAUUUUUCUGUGAGGUGGAUGAAGAUUAUAUCCAAGACAAAUUCAAUUUAACAGGUCUCAAUGAACAGGUUCCUCAUUAUAGACAAGCAUUAGACAUGAUCUUAGAUUUAGAACCAGAUGAUGAAAUGGAAGAGAAUCCAAAUCAGAAUGACUUGAUUGAACAAGCAGCUGAAAUGUUAUAUGGGUUAAUACAUGCAAGGUUCAUCAUGACAAAUAGAGGCAUUGCACUUAUGCUUGAAAAAUACCAACAAGGUGAUUUUGGGCACUGUCCAAGAGUAUAUUGUGAAAAUCAACUUGUUCUACCAAUAGGCUUGUCUGAUGUCCCUGGUGAGGCCAUGGUUAAGCUCUACUGCCCGAAAUGCCAAGACGUUUACACCCCAAAAUCAUCCCGGCACCACCACACCGAUGGUGCCUACUUUGGUACCGGUUUCCCGCAUAUGUUCUUCAUGGUGCACCCGGACUAUCGUCCCAAGCGUCCACCAAACCAGUUUGUACCAAGGUGAGUAUUUGUUUUGUUUUGUUUUCAUAGCUUUGUGUGAGGUCUGCUCUUCAAGAUCAAUUGCUAUCAAAACUAAGCGUGAGUCAGUCAUGCCCGUAAACCAGAAUCCUGAAGCCAUCAGAUUCCGGAAACUUUUUUAACAUUGCUGUGUUGCGAGGAAACAAGCGAUGGCUUCGCAAUUCAUGCCACUACAGUCGAGCUGAAAGUAAAACAUUUUUAAUUAUUAUUUUGGCUUUUGUCAAAAUAUUGAAUUGCAAUUCCAAAGUUUAUAUGAAUAAAAUUCAACCAUGUCAUAAAUUUAUUUUCUUUCCCAAAUUGAUCAGAGGUUCUACUCUAUCCACAUUUGCAUUGCUCACCUAUUAUAAAAGAAAACUGCAGAUGGCAGAUUUUGGUUUUGACAACUAUCUUUUUGAAUACCAGAUUCCAACUGGUAAAACCCCAUCAGAAUCUGAACCAAUAAGUUCUAAAAAGCACUAAUCAAAAUUUUGGAGCAAAAACUUAUCAACGUAGGAAAGUGACAAAACAAAGUUAUGACACAAUUCUAACCUCCAUUAAAUAAAAGAUUAAUUUUACAAAUAAUUUGCAGUGAAUUUUAGUGGGUUAAUUACUAUUUUUUUUUGGGUGCAGUUGUGAGACCUUAAAAUGACUAAUCUCUGAUGUACAACUGAAAAAAACUUCAGUAGUAAGUGUGCGCUAUUAGUGCUUGUUCAAAUUGUAUGAAGGGGAGAAAAAUAUGAGAAAUUGGGAAGAUUAACAUACUUGUAUUUUCUCAUUUAUACUGUACUGAAUUAAUUGAAUCCUUUUUUUUGCAGAGCAGACCUCUUGCAUGUUUUUUUCCCCCAGAAGCAUUUAAAAAAAAGUGUAUGAAGAUAUCACGUUUACUUCCCUCAGUGAAAAAUGUGGAGUAGGUUAUACAAUAAAACAAAGUUCAAAAAUACGGACUACUGCGAUAUCCUAUGAAUUUUUAUUGGUCAAAAGCUUUUUAUGUUUCUAGAUUUCUUUGGAACUAUGUUUUAAAGAGUACCUUGUGUUUUAAAGAGUACCUGUAUACUACAUAUUUUCACCAUCUGAGAACUUAUAGUUUUAUUUCCCAUAACAAUGAAUUAUUUUUAUUUGAACUUCACCUUUACAUAAAAUGAAUGGGAGUGCUAUUUGGAAUGCAAAAGAAUACACCUACUUGAUAUGUGCACAUACAUGUAGUAUGAAGUUAUUGUACUACAGUGUAUAUUUGUAUUGCUGUGUUUAAUUUAGUUUAAGAAAUGCAUUCUUGUUAUGCACUGUAUGCCACUGUUUGAUUAAUAAUUCAAAUAAUUGUUUUGGAGUUGAUACAUAAAGAAUUGGCAUGUAAGUUGAAUAUCAUUAUCAGUAUUUUUAAUAACCUUCUUAAAUUAUACUAUAAAGAUUUCAUAUCUUUUGUUGAAAAAAGGAAAUUUACAUUCUAUGAUAAAUAUUGACUCAUAUUUGAAACUUCAUUCAUUUUCCAGAGGAAGGUCAUAUCUACAUAUUUAUCUUCUUCAUAUUCUAUAAAUGAACAUUAACAAGGUUUUUUGUUCGCUUACAUGUGCAUGUAUAUUCAUUGGCCAUUUGUUUUUCAGACUAAACUUAUUUUCUUUUUAGAUAUCGGAAAUUUAUGUCUCUUUAAUGUUGAAUGGGAAUUCAUUUAUAUCGUCAGCGUUCAUCCGAACCGUCGUAUCAGUCAAUUUUGGUAAAAAAAAAUUGAUUUUGAGAUGUUUGCAGAAAAUGAAUGUCAAGUCCUAGUAUUCUAUUCAUAAAUGAAUUUCUAGGCAGCAAUUUAUUUAAGUUUCUGAGAUACAUGUAUGAGGGGAUUUUCACGGCAAUGCCAUACAAAUUUUUGAUAAAAUGCGCGAAUCCCAUUAGAAACGUGUACUGUAGCAGAGCGAUACGACGUUUUGACUGACCGCGAUUUCAAUGCGCGCGGUCAGCCAAACUGUCGUAUUAGCCAUCUGCACUGCAUUGACUUUGCACGUGAAUAGCGAUACAACGUUUUGCUUUGAUUGACCGCGUGCAUUGAAAUCGCGGUCAGGUUUGUUGUAUUCCCUAUGGCGUUUUUGUACCGGGGAAAUGUAAACUGCUCAAACCGAAAUUACGAGCAUGGAGCUCUUUUGCGAUAUUUUUAUAUGAUCCUUGGUUUUGUGUAAAUAUAAAGAUACCAAUGUGCAAUGAAUAUGUUGUGCGGCUGGAGAAGGAAGUAUGAAAAUUGUAGUAAACUUUGAAGUCGAUCUUCUCUGAAUUGGGUUUGCACCGUCAUAUAUGGAUACGACAGUUCGGAUGACCAUUGACGAUAAGUACAUGACAAUGAAAAUUUAUUUAAUAACUCAAUGAUGUAACUGAUAGUUCACUUCCCAAAACCAAAGAGUUUUAUCUUCUUUUUAUGCCCCUGCAGACGAAGUUCGGAGGGGGCAUUAAGCGUUGCCCCUGUCCGUCCGUCCGUCCGUCCCCCCACUUGGUUUCCGCGCAAUUACUUGAAAAAUAUUUAAUGGAUAAAAAAAUUUUGGUGUGUAGGUAGAUGACACAAAAAUACAGGAUAAGCUCGAAUUCUGAGUCCGCAGGUCAAAGGUCACAGCUCAUUAAAUAUGCGUUUUGGUUUCCGCAUGAUAACUUAUGAAAUAUUCGACAGAUUAAAAAAAUUUGGGUGUGUUAGUAGAUGACACCAAAAUACAGGCUAAGUUCGAAUUCGGAGUCGGCAGGUCAAAGGUCACA